GUGAGACGGUGAGGCGUAUAAACAAACUUCCAGACACUCUUUCCUGGGUCCCCGUCCAAGUCCACAAAUCUUCCUAAACCACUGGCAGUUUGUGAAUCUUCCCAAACCACUGGCAUUGCAGUCAGUCUGCGAAAACAUGAUCCAAGUCUCCUUAUAAAUAGGCACAAGAAUGUGGGAAGGAAAUUGCAAAUUGGAAAUAGGAAAUUGCAUAUUGGAAAUUGGAAAUUGGAAUUUGGAAAUUGGAAAUUGGAAUCUGGAAUUGAGGGUGAGAAGAUCAAGAUGGAAAGUGUGUGUGUCACAGGAGCAGGAGGGUUCAUUGCCUCCUGGCUUGUCAAGAUGCUCUUGAGCAGAGGCUACACUGUAAAAGGAACAGUCCGCGAUACAGAUGAUAAAAAGUAUAAGCAUCUGAAAGAGUUGGAAGGGGCGGAAGAGAGGCUUGAGCUUGUGAAGGCUGAUAUUCUAGACCCUGACAGUUUGAUACCAGCUAUCAGAGGGUGCAAAGGAGUCUUUCACACGGCCUGCCCUAUCAUUGAAGAUCCGGCACAAGUGCUGCAGGCGGCUGUGAAGGGCACUCUAAAUGUGUUGAAGGCCUGCAACGAAUUGGGAGUGAAGCGUGUAAUCCUAACGUCUAGCAUCGGCGCCAUUUACCUCGACCCCAGCAGGAAUCCGCAAGCCAUAGUCGAUGAAGACUGCUGGAGCAACCUUGAUUACUGCAUUGAAACCAAGAAUUGGUAUUGCUAUGCAAAGACGGUAGCAGAGAAAGCCGCGCGUACGUAUGCGGAGGAGGUGGGUAUGGAGUUGAUAAGGAUUAAUCCCAGUAUCGUCUUGGGUCCUCUGCUCCAGCCCACUAUGAACUUCAGCACUGCUCAUGUUUUGAAAUAUUUAACUGGCUCGGCCAAGACAUAUGCAAACGCAACUCAGGUCUACGUGGAUGUGCGAGAUGUGGCGAGAGCGCAUAUAUUGCUCUACGAAAAUCACUCUGCCUCUGGUCGAUAUCUGUGUGGAGAAAGAAGCCUGCACAGAGGACAGCUCCUGGAUCUGUUAGCACAACUCUUCCCACAUUACCCACUUCCUACCAAGUGUUCAGACCAGGAAAAUCCAAGGAAAGUGGCAUACAAAUUCAGCAAUCAAAAGCUGAGGGAAUUGGGUCUCUCAUUUACGCCCAUAAAGGACUGUUUGACUGAUACGGUGGCCAGCCUCAGGGACAAGGGAUUUCUUCCCUAGACCUACACUAAGAACAACGACGACGGCAAUGGCAUUACACCCUGCUGCCACGGACAUUCAUUUUUUAGCUUCUCACAUUAUUAUUCUCAUUCUCACUCGAUACUUGGAUACUAUAGCAUUCCACAUCUCAUAUUGUACAGCAUUACACAAUCUUCAUUUCAAUGCAACAAGGCCUCCCAGUCAGAUAUUUUUUAUUAUUUCCUUGCCAUAGGACAGAAAAAUGCAUCAUUUAAUGGAACGGUCCUAUAUUUAUUCUUAUGCAUCAUAAUUUAACACAAAUACUGCUAAAAUAUUUUUUAGCAUCGAAACACUAAGCAAAACAAGUAGGCUUCAAGAUUGUCAAUUUAAGACAGGACAAUGCCCAUCAAGACGGAAAGUUGUCGACCUAAGCAUUUCACGCGAUUGAAAGAGCAAUGUCUAGCUGCGACCACAACCUACAAAGAGCUGAACAAUCAAUCUCACAGAUCCGUAUACAAGACCUUCACUAUUGAAAAACAUACAACGUUUGUGUUAUGUUUUUCUGUUGCCUAACUCUUCAACAUUUGUAACCUCUGCUAUCCUCCUCUAUACACACAUGGCUUAUCAAUAUAUACCCACCACAUUUACCACCUUA